AUGUUUGAUUUUUGCUCAAAUCGUGUUCGUGCAGACCAAAAAGUUAUCAAAAUAGGUCUUGAACUAUUGCGUUUUUUGCACGGAAGAAGAAGCAAGAAGCCAAUGUCAAUCAGUUGUUUUUAUUUAUAACUAGUUUUUCUUGGCUUUUUUUAUUUACUAGUUUUUCUUGGUUAUUAAAUAACGAUACAAAAUGUCAAUGAAAAAUGACGCGAAAAAUGUAGGAGACACUGAUGCUCAAAACCUAAAAGACGCCUGGUCUAUUCGGCCAUGUGAGGUGUAUAACGAUGAAUAUGAUGAUUGCACCAGCAUCAAAGCGCGCUUCCAUCAAUAUUUCAUUCAUGGUGAAAGUAUUGAUUGUUCCCAGUGGAAAACAGAUUAUAAUAAUUGUGAACGUUACAUGAAAUCCAACGGGAAUGAUGUAACAGCCGGCGAAGCCGUCAUCCGUAGUGAAGCUGAACGGCGGCGAAAACGAAUGGAGGCACACUAUGGAAAUACGACAUGGAAAAAGCGAACACAUCCUCCUGAAGAUUGGUCGAAACCUUUACCAGAAUGGUUAGCUAAGAAAAAUGAGAAUACAUUUCUGGAGCUAAAGCAGAUGGAAUUAGAUGGGCGUAAGCUAGCCGAAGAAACUGAAAAAUCAUACUGUGCUCUAAUGUAGAUAACGUAUUGUAUGCACUACUGUUUCGGAAAAAACGUUAAAAGCCUAUUUUUGUAAAUACAUCGCAUGUGCUGCAUCCAGCUAUGAUAGUCCAACUUAUCAUUUUGAUAUAAUUUACACUUUCCGAUUUUUGGAACACAAGGAUAGUGGUUCGUUCAGAAAUGCAUCAAGCCAAAGCAUCAGUCUCUUUUUUUCUAAACUGUAGUUGAUGGAAAUAUCCAAUAUGCGCAACCACGGUUAAAUGGUUAAAUUGCCUAUAGCUUAGAAAUAAAAGUGAACACACCAUA